AAACAAAAACAGGUUUGGCUUUAGCCGCCUGGGUGCACCGGCGCUCAUUCCUCCCAUCGUUUCCUUGAGCCGUCCGGUAAGCUGCAGCUGUCGAACCCUUUCCACUCUAAGGUGCAGGCAACUAUUUUUUUUAUUUUAUUUUAUUUUUCGGAAAUGACGGGCGGAGCGGGGCCAGGUUGGCGCAAGCCCCGCCCCCCAGGACCUUAAAUAGGUGCGCCUCGUUUCGCGUAAAACAGCCUCUUCGUUGUGGAGCUCCGCGGCGCAUCAGCGAGACUUUUUGUUUUUGUGAGCAGCCGUCCAGGUGUGUCGAGAUGGGGAAGAUCGAGUGGGCGAUGUGGGCCAACGAGCAGGCUCUGGCUUCGGGGCUCAUUCUUCUUACUGGAGGAAUAGUGGGUGUGGCUGGCCAGUUCAGAGGCUGGGAGUUUGCUGCCUAUGCAGUUGCUGCUGGUGUGUUUGUGUGUCUGCUCGAGUAUCCGAGAAGCAAGAGGGCCAAGGGGACAAGUGUGGAAAGAACAGGCCAGUACUGCUUCACAGUAUGCGUGAAAGCCUUCGGACCGCUGACGAGGAACUACUACGUCAGAGCAUUUCUACACGCCGCCAUCUGUGUUCCUGGAGGUUUUAUGCUUGCGACCGUCCUGGGGUGUGUCUGCCUCGGCAUCGCCAGCCUCAUCUACCUGGCAGCGGCUAUUCGAGGCGAGCACUGGGAGCCCAUUCUUCCACGGAAGGAUGUGCGAAAGCCGGUCGCAGAGAGCAUCAAGAAUCCUCCACAGAAUCCCCCACCGCGACCUCCUCCAGAAAUGCGCAGGAAACCAGCGAAGGAACUGGAAUCAUCGGCCUAUGACAACCCCAUCGCCGUUACGGAUGAGUAACCAGUCCAGGGCUUUGUCCUCACUACCCCCCCCCCCCUCCCCAAUACACAGUCAUUGCUGGAGCUUACUGGAUUCUGUGACUCUUUUUAAAGAUGAAGAAAGUUGUCUGAAGUUUGUUGAUGCCACUGAGGGGCAGUACCUCAUACCUCAGCAAACACUGGAAGUAUAUAAUUCAGGGGAAAGUCAAUGAAGAUAUAAAGUGUUUUUUAUUUUUACAUUUUUGAAGAACAAAAAAAAAAAAAAAGUGCUGCAGAAGGCAAGUGUAAUUCUGUAGCGGCUAGACUCCAACCAAGAACAACUACUGUCACUUUAGAGUACUGUAUGUUAGUGCUUACUGGUCUGAUGAUGCAAAGGUCACGGCCUACGGCUGCUUUCUGUUCAAGUUGUUUAUGUUAGUGUUGGCAUGCAUAUAUCUUACAGUAGCAUGAAUUGUGUACCUGAAAUCGUUAAGUCCUACAUGUUUGAAGGCUAUGGCUUACACUUGUCUAGUUUUACGAUACUAUUUAUCCCUUUAGACAUUCAUUGGAGAAACUUGGCCUUUUCUGGCUGAUUUUAGCCAGUUAUUAUACAUUUUAUGUUAGUUAUAUUUGUGUUGUAAAUAAAUGUAUUGCUUCUUUCUAUCA